ACUAUAUGUUUUGUUGUUUGAACUCAAACAUUGAAUUACUGUAUUCCGGAAAACACUGCAAUCUGGAACAAGAAGAGAAUUCCACCACAGAAUGUAGAAACUAAAGAUAUUUCAACAUACCGACAGCCUGCUGGUGACACAGAGAUUGCAAAAAACUGUCAAACCAAAUUCAGCAUGGAUCUUUGGUCUGACCAGGGCCUAAAAGACACUCAGACAAUGGCAAAUACCCAGGUCCUGGACAGUUUUGUAGCACAUCCAGAGCUCCUACAUGUCCAGAGAGCCUACAGAUUUCAUGUCAGACUAUCUGAAAGAGUGCGUAGCUUUCAAGAGGCAACCAUGAUACCACAGAAGUACUUCUACUGUGUGUAUUUUCUUGCUGGGGAGGUUUCACUGCCUCCAAGUCCUCCACCUGCUGACGAUAUGUGGGACAAGGGGUACAUUAAUGAGAAGAAGUACCCAGAUUUGACAAGCAUCAGGUUUCCUUCUCUGGAUGACAAAGUGGCCCAGCCUCUAAUGGCUUGUGAGGUUCCACUGCCUCCAAGUCCUCCACCUUCUCUGGGUGAUGAAGUUCCUUAUAUGAUGCCUCUCAGCAUCGUGGCUGACAUUCCACUGCCUCCAAGUCCUCCACCUGCUGACGAUGUGUUGGAAAUGGGAUACACUGAUAAAAAGAAGUAUCAAGAUUUGACAACCAUUCCGUUUCCUUCUCUGGAUGAUGAAGUAGCCUGUCUGAUGUCUCAGCGUCUCAGCAUAAAUCCUUGGGAGGUUCCACUUCCUCCAAGUCCUCCACCUUCUCUGGGUGAUGAAGAGCCUUAUCUGAUGCCUCUCAGUGUCAUGGGAGACAUUCCACUGCCUCCAAGUCCUCCACCUGUUGACCAUGUGUUGGAAAUGGGAUACACUGAUAAAAAGAAGUACCAAGAUUUGACAAUCAUGCCGUUUCCUUCUCUGGAUGACAAUGCUGAUGCAAAGUGUCCCAACAUGUUGCUUCAAGAGGUUCCACUGCCUCUAAGUCCUUUAACUAGUCAAGAAAAGAAGUACCCAGAUUUAAGUAACAUCAGGUUUCCUUCUCUGGAUGACAAUGCUGAUCCAAAGUGUCCCAACAUGCUGCCUCAAGAGCUUCCACUGCCUCCAAGUCCUCCACCUUCUCUGAGUGAUGAAGAGCCUUAUCUGAUGCCUCUCAGUGUCAUGGGAGACAUUCCACUGCCUCCAAGUCCUCCACCUGCUCUGUGGGAUGAAGUGCCUCAUCUGAUGCCUGUCAGCGUCCUGGCUGACAUUCCACUGCCUCCAAGUUCUCCACCUGCUGAUGAUGUGACGGACAUUGGGUACAUUGAUGAAAAGUACCCGGAUUUGAAAAACAUUGGGUUUCCCUCUCUGGAUGACAAUGCUGAUGCAAAGUGUCCCAACAUGUUGCUUCAAGAGGUUCCACUGCAUCCAAGUCCUUUAACUAGUCAAGAGAAGAAGUACCCAGAUUUGUGUAACAUCAGGUUUCCUUCUCUGGAUGACGAUGCUGAUCCAAAGUGUCCCAACAUGCUGCCCCAAGAGAUUCCACUGCUUCCAAGUCCAAGUCCAACUACUCAAGAGAAGAAGAACCCAGAUUUAAGUAACAUCAGGUUUCCUUCUCUGGAUGAUGAUGCUGAUCCAAAGUAUCCCACAAAAGCAUCAACUGCCUCCAAAUCCACCACCUGCUGA